AUAUUUCUUUUCGUUCUCAGACGAUUUCAUGCUUUUUUUCCCAUCUUUUGACUCGUACUUACGCGGACUCGACUCCGGACUUAAAUCCGAUUCUCUUUGCUUCCUCUGAUUUUCUCUCUCCUCUUCCCCUCCGGUUCCUCCGUUUCGUCGCCGCUCUUCGUCCGCUUCCGCCGGCCUUUCUCUCCGGGGACCCCUUUAUCUCUGAAUCUUUGUUUCUUUUCUCCGGGAGGGCGGUUUCGUCAACUCCGAAGCAUUGUUGUGAGUCCACGGCCAGUCCACGAAUCGUCACGAACUGUGAACGUAGUUUGCAGGGAGUUUCGAUUUCGGUGGAGUUGGUAGGGUUUAGGUUUCUUGUGGUUGAGGACUGGGGAGAGUUGCAGAUCUAGGGUUUAACGGCGUCGUUUUGGGGGUGGAAUAUUGGUGGAGAGUAGACGUUGAUGGUAGUGUACGGACGAGAGAGUCGUCGUCGUGGUGGAAGCUUAUGAUGACCGGAGCACCUGAACGCGGUGGCAGAGGGUGGUGGUGUUUCGGCGAAUCUUUCACAUGGAAUGGCAGAUCUUGUUAGCUACGGUAAUGCAGAGCGUGACGUCGAGCAGGCAUUAAUUGCUCUUAAGAAGGGUGCUCAACUGCUUAAAUAUGGUCGUAAAGGGAAGCCCAAAUUUUGUCCUUUUAGACUUUCCAAUGAUGAAUCAUCUCUGAUCUGGAUUUCAAGUAGUGGUGAAAGAAUUUUGAAGUUAGCUUCUGUCUCUAGAAUUAUUCCUGGACAAAGAACUGCUGUUUUCCAACGAUAUCUACGUCCUGAGAAGGAUUAUUUGUCAUUUUCUCUUAUAUACAACAACGGAAAGCGAUCUCUUGAUCUGAUUUGCAAGGACAAAGUUGAGGCAGAAGUGUGGAUUGCUGGGCUCAAAGCUUUGAUUUCCUCUGGUCAAGGUGGGCGCUCCAAAAUUGAUGGAUGGAGUGAUGGAGGCCUCUACUUUGAUGACAGCAAAGACUUGACUUCGAAUAGUCCAAGUGACAGUUCAGUCAGUGCUACACGAGACAUUAGCUCUCCAGAAGUUUCUGUCGGUUUCAACUCAAAUACUUCUCCCAAUAGCUAUCGGCCUGAAAAUUCUGUGCCUCCUGAAAGGUCACAUGUAGCAUUAGACCACACAAAUAUGCAAACAAAAGGAUCUGGUUCAGAUGCUUUUCGAGUAAGUGUUUCUAGUGCUCCCAGCACUUCCAGUCAUGGUUCGGCCCCAGAUGAUUGUGAUGCUUUAGGAGAUGUAUAUAUAUGGGGUGAGGUUAUAUGCGAUAAUUUGGUCAAGGUUGGGGCUGAUAAAAAUGCUAAUUAUUUGACCACCAGGGCAGAUUUGCUCCUUCCCAAGCCAUUGGAGUCCAAUGUUGUUUUGGAUGUACAUCAUAUAGCCUGUGGUGUCAGGCAUGCUGCCCUAGUUACAAGGCAAGGUGAAAUUUUUACAUGGGGUGAAGAAUCUGGAGGAAGGCUCGGCCAUGGCGUUGGGAGAGAUGUCAUUCAACCUCGUCUAGUUGAAUCUUUAGCUUUUACUAGUGUUGAUUUUGUUGCCUGUGGAGAGUUCCACACUUGUGCUGUUACGAUGGCUGGCGAACUCUUUACAUGGGGAGAUGGCACGCAUAAUGCUGGACUACUUGGUCAUGGUACUGAUGUUAGUCACUGGAUACCCAAGAGAAUUUCAGGUCCUCUUGAGGGACUUCAAGUUGCUUCAGUAACUUGUGGUCCAUGGCACACAGCUUUAGUGACAACAACAAGACAGCUCUUUACAUUUGGUGAUGGGACAUUUGGUGUAUUGGGCCAUGGUGACAAGGACAAUGUUGCAUAUCCAAGAGAAGUAGAAUCUUUAUCUGGAUUGAGAACAAUUGCUGUUGCAUGUGGGGUUUGGCACACUGCUGCUGUGGUUGAGGUUAUUGUAACACAGUCUAGUGCAAGUGUUUCAUCAGGAAAAUUAUUUACUUGGGGUGAUGGAGAUAAAAACCGUCUUGGACAUGGAGACAAGGAACCCAGGCUUAAACCCACAUGCGUGCCAGCACUUAUUGAGUACAAUUUUCAAAAAGUUGCUUGUGGGCAUAGUUUAACUGUUGGGUUGACCACGUCAGGACAAGUUUGUACCAUGGGAAGUACUGUCUAUGGCCAACUUGGGAACCCCCAAUCUGAUGGAAAGCUACCUUGCUUUGUAGAAGAUAAGCUUCUUGGGGAAUGUGUUGAAGAGAUUGCCUGUGGUGCGUACCAUGUAGCAGUAUUAACAUCUAGGAAUGAGGUUUAUACAUGGGGAAAGGGGGCUAAUGGGAGGUUGGGCCAUGGAGAUAUUGAAGAUAGAAAAACACCAACUCUGGUUGAAACUUUGAAGGAUAGACAUGUCAAAUAUAUUGCUUGUGGUUCAAACUACACAGCAGCUAUAUGUCUUCAUAAAUGGGUGUCUGGUGCUGAGCAGUCUCAAUGCUCAACCUGUAGACAGGCGUUUGGGUUUACUCGAAAGAGGCACAAUUGCUACAAUUGUGGACUUGUGCACUGUCAUUCAUGCAGUUCCAGAAAAGCAUUACGAGCUGCAUUGGCUCCUAAUCCAGGCAAGCCAUACCGUGUGUGUGAUUCCUGUUAUACCAAACUGAACAAGGUGUUGGAAGCAGCAGCUAAUAACAGGAGGACUACUGUUCCCCGCCUUUCAGGUGAAAACAAGGAUAGGUUAGACAAGGCUGAAAUAAGACUGUCCAAAUCUGCAAUGCCUUCUAAUCUAGAUUUGAUUAAGCAGUUAGAUAGCAAAGCUGCCAAACAAGGAAAGAAGGCUGAUACUUUCUCCCUAGUUCGACCUUCUCAGGCACCUUUGUUACAGCUAAAAGACGUUGUUUUGUUCAGUGCUGUUGAUCUCCGACGAACAGUUCCGAGACCAAUUCUUACACCAUCUGGAGUUAGUUCUAGGUCUGUGUCACCUUUUUCUAGGAAACCUAGUCCUCCACGCUCUGCUACACCUGUUCCUACAACUUCUGGACUUUCCUUCUCCAAAAGCAUUGCUGAUAGUUUGAAGAAAACGAAUGAACUUUUAAAUCAAGAAGUGCUUAAGUUACGUGGACAGGUUGAGAGUCUGAGAGAGCGAUGUGAACUUCAAGAAUUGGAGCUUCAGAAAUCAGCAAAGAAAGUUCAAGAAGCUAUGGUAGUGGCUACUGAGGAAUCUGCUAAAUCUAAAGCUGCAAAAGAAGUUAUAAAAUCGCUUACUGCACAGCUCAAAGAUAUGGCUGAGAGACUGCCACCUGGGGUUUAUGAUGCUGAAUGCAUGAGGCCAGCUUACUUACUGAACGGUUUGGAGCCAAAUGGCAUUCACUAUCCUGAUUCAAAUGGAGAGCGCCAUUCAAGAUCAGAUUCAAUUAAUGGCUCUUGCUUGGCUUCUCCCACGGGAACCUACUCUGCUGUAAUAAAUGGAACUCAGGGUUCUACUCAAUUGAUGAGGGAUCCACUUGGAACCAAUGAAGCAAAUCCAUACCAACAGAAUCUGGGACUUCUGACCUCCAAUGUGAGGGAUGAAAAUCCAGAUAUUGGAAUGCCAAAUGGUGGUGGAGGGGUUCGGACAAGUAGCAGUAGUGUCUCUGAAGCUGUCGGUUGCAAGGAUUCUGGGCCUCUCCAAGAUGGUGAAGGUGGUACAAAAUCUAGGAAUUCAACUUUGAGUGACAACAGUCAAGUUGAAGCUGAGUGGAUUGAACAGUAUGAGCCCGGUGUAUAUAUAACCCUUGUGGCCCUUCGUGAUGGGACUAGAGAUCUCAAAAGAGUGCGCUUCAGCCGAAGAAGAUUUGGAGAACAUCAAGCCGAGAAUUGGUGGUCAGAAAAUCGUGAAAAGGUGUAUGAGAGAUACAAUGUUCGUGGGUCGGACAAGUCAUCAGUUUCUGGCCAGGCUGCCCGUAGAUCAGAGGGAGGCACCUCACCAUCUUCCCGACUUUAGAGACAUUGGGGGAUGGAAGUUCUCCAUUUGACACAUUUUGUAUCAGAGAUUCUAAUGGUGGGAUAAAUGUUGUGGAAGGGAGCAAACACGUCCAUCCAUUUUUACCCUUUCCCCACUUUUUAUUUUUUCUUCUUUUUUUUUUUAAAUUUAUUUCUUUGGCCGAUUUCAUAUUUUGGGUAUCUGCCCUUUUUACUUACCUGUUGUAUUGUAGUGUAUAUAAAAUCACCAAUUGUGAGCUAUUAGCAGGAAAUUUUUUGUCCA